AUGGGAGACUGUUCUCGACACUCAGCAAUUUUUACAAGUCGUACAGCAGAAGCUAUGACAAUUUUUUCCAUCUCGCCAGAACGAGAAUGUUGGAUGGAUCCAAUUAUCCGCUACCUGACCAAGUCUGAACUACCACCCAAUGCGAAAGACGCAAAGCUUCUACGCCUUAAAGCCCAAUGGUACUCCAUUAUCCAUGGAAUGUUGUACUGCAGAUCCUUUAACGACCCCUAUCUUCGAUGCUUACGUCCCUCAGAAGCUAAAAAAUUAUUAGAGGAGAUCCACGAAGGAGCAUGUGGGAACCACAGAGGAAGACGGAGCUUGGCACACAAAGCACUCACAGCAGGAUAUUACUGGCCAUACAUGAUGACAGAAGCACGCGAUUAUGCGAAGAAAUUUGACAGAUACCAGUGA